CAGGAGAGACGGGGCAACCAGGACCACAAGGUCAGAUGGGAGUCGACAGGGUCAGGGGUUCUCAGGGGCCUCCAGGGCCUCAGGGGGACAGAGGGGAGACCGGACCUAAAGGACUCCAAACCUCUGUUGAGACACAUGGAGACCCGGGAGACGCUGGAGAACCAGGGCCCACAGGUGUCACUGGUAGUAAAGGAGAGAGGGGCCUCCCUGGAUCUCAGGGCCCGGACGCCAGCAGUGGUGCACCUGGAGACGUCGGACCACAAGGUGCAGUGUUUGGAUCAUUUUUAAGUGAAUACAGAACCCAUGUUGUUUAUGAUUUAGUCUUAAACUGA